GAAAAUGUGAAAUAAUUAUUUAAAAAAAAUGAAAAAGAAAAAAAAAAUGGAGUUCGUUCAGUUUGAGACAACACAAUGUGUUUUUAACUCAGAUAUACUCUCUUUGUGUCGUCCUAUGCGAUUCUAUUCUCAAAAUUCCGCUGCAAAAAAAAGAAUCCAUUUUUGAAUCAAAUCAUCUCUUACAUUUUUCGAUUUUCUAGGGUUCUGAUUUUUUUUGGGCAGGGGUUUGCUCUGCAAUUUCAGUCAUUUUUCAACUCGGAUUUACGCUCGAGAGUGGGUAAACCGAGUUGGGCUCAGUUGUGAUUUUCCCCAGCAAUCGAUGUAGUCAAAGCUGACGAAGGAUCUUGUUAUUGAGUUGAAUUGGAAGAUGUUGAGCUGAGCUUUAAUUUGUAAAGGUAGUCAGUGAUUUUUGGUUUAAAAAUAAUAGACGUACGUGAAAAUUGUUAAAUCAGACUACUUCGAGGUAGAAGGAGUAUGAGGUUCUUCUAUAAAGUAGCCGAAGUAAGCAUUAUGUUAAAUGAUAUGUUGAAAUUUUGGAGCUGGUUGGUCUAAAUUUUAUACCAAGUUCACUAUGUCUUUAAUUUUGAGAAGGUUUUAUGUGCUGUAUUGAUUGUGGAGCUAUCCCAUUUUCCAUAUCACAUUCUAGAGUUGGUACUUAUGGCUUAAUUGGGGUUCCCAUUUGGUGAGAGUCGUAAGCAAUGAAAACUUCUAGUGGUCUUGGAAGCUAUAUGAGUUCAGAAACUGAUUGCUUACCCUAUGUAAUGUGAUACUUGAAAAUGGGUAUACUUUAAAAAGUACUUGCCUGCUAACUGUAAAGCUUUAGUAAGAAAGAUGCCUUCGUGGUGGGGGAAGUCGUCAUCCAAAGAAGCAAAGAAGAAAACAAGCAAGGAAAGUUUCAUUGAAUCAUUACAUCGGAAAUUUAGGAGCCCGUCUGAUGGUAGAGUCAACAAUAGAACAGAGGUUUCUCGAAGACGUUGCAGUGACACAAUUUCUGAAAUAGGAUCUCGAUCACCCCUGGAAUCUAGAUCUCCCUCACCUUCUAAACAAGUACCAAGGUCUCAAAGUUUUGCCGACAGACCUCAUGCUCAGCCUCUUCCGCUCCCAGGCCUUCAUCUUGCUACUGUUGGUCGCACAGAUUCUGGAAUUAACUUAUCACCAAGAUGCGAGAAGGGCUCUAAGCCAGCAUCAUUUCUUCUCCCAACGCCAAAAUGUUUGCAGAGCAGGCCCAGUCCCUCUGAUUUAGAUGGUGAUUUGGUCACUGGUUCAGUGUCUAGUGAAAGCUCAGGUGAAAGUGAUGAGCCAGUUGACUCACGUCAACGUAGUCCUCAGGCAACUGACUAUGACAAUGGAAAUAGGGUUGUUGCAGGAAGUCCUCCCAGUGUGAUGCCCAAGGAUCAAACCCCUAAUGUUUUCCAAAUAAGCCCAAGGGAAGUAAGAAAACCAGCUAACCUCCCUACCAAUAAUCAUAUUUUGUCCACAUCUCCGAAACGAAGGCCUUUAAGCAAUCAUGUGCCGAAUCUACUGGUUCCUUAUAAUGGUGGUUUCUGCAGUGCUCCAGACAGCUCCUUGUCAAGUCCUUCUAGAAGUCCAAUGAGAGCAUUUGGCUCUGACCAAGUAGUCAACUCUGCCUUUUGGGCAGGGAAGCCAUAUGGCCCAUUUCCAGAUGUUACUUUAGCUGGAUCUGGCCAUUGCUCAAGUCCUGGUUCAGGUCAUAAUUCUGGGCAUAAUUCUAUGGGGGGAGACAUGUCCGCACAAUUUUUUUUGCAACAAAGCAGGGGUAGCCCUGAGUACUCCCCUGUACCCAGUCCUAGAAUGACUAGCCCUGGCCCAGGCUCAAGAAUUCAUAGUGGUACUGUAACACCUAUCCAUCCAAGAGCAGGAGGGAUGCCCUGUGAUUCUCAGACAAGCUGGCCUGAUGAUGGCAAACAACAAAGUCACCGUUUGCCUCUUCCUCCUGGGACAAUCUCUAAUCCUCCCCAUUUUUCUACUAAUUCAGCAGCAACAUCUCCUUCUGUGCCACGAAGUCCAGGUAGGGCAGAGAAUCCUGCAAGCCCUGGUUCUCGCUGGAAGAAAGGAAAGCUGAUAGGUAGAGGCACAUUUGGGCAUGUUUAUGUUGGUUUUAACAGCGAGAGUGGAGACAUGUGUGCAAUGAAGGAGGUUACAUUGUUUUCAGAUGAUGCAAAGUCUAAGGAAAGUGCUAAGCAAUUAAUGCAGGAAAUUACUCUACUAAGCCGUUUAAGGCACCCGAACAUUGUGCAGUAUUAUGGAUCUGACGCAGUGGGUGACAAAUUAUACAUAUACUUGGAGUAUGUAUCGGGGGGGUCGAUCUAUAAAUUGCUCCGGGAUUAUGGGCAAUUUGGUGAACUGGCAAUUCGUAGUUAUACUCAACAGAUUUUGUCAGGCCUUGCAUAUUUACAUGCUAAAAAUACAGUUCACAGGGACAUCAAAGGAGCAAAUAUACUUGUAGACCCAAAUGGCCGUGUUAAGUUGGCAGACUUUGGGAUGGCAAAGCAUAUCACUGGUCAGUCAGCAUUAUCAUUCAAGGGAAGCCCCUACUGGAUGGCACCUGAGGUAAUAAAGAAUUCAACUGGCUGCAACCUUGCUGUGGAUAUUUGGAGCCUUGGAUGCACUGUUUUGGAAAUGGCUACUACAAAACCACCCUGGAGCCAGUAUGAAGGAGUAGCUGCUAUGUUUAAGAUUGGUAAUAGCAAGGAGCUUCCAGCAAUUCCAGAUACCUUAUCACAGGAUGGAAAGGAAUUUAUAUUACAAUGCUUGCAACGAAAUCCAAUUAAUCGUCCUUCAGCUGCUGAACUUUUGAAUCACCCUUUUGUGAAAUAUGCUGCACCUUUGGAAAGAUCUAUUUUGAGUCCCAAGGCCUCAGAUCCCUCCCCUGCAGUAACAAGUGGAGUAAAAGCUUUGGGAAUUGGGGAAGCUAGAAAUUUAUCCCCAUUGGAAUCAGAGAGACUUGCAGUUCAUUCUUCGAGAGUACUGAAAACUGCUCACCAUUGCAGUGAGAUCCAUAUUCCACGAAAUGUAUCGUGCCCUGUCUCACCCAUUGGAAGCCCUUUAUUGAACUCAAGAUCACCACAGCACCUUAGUGGAAGGAUGUCUCCGUCUCCUAUCUCUAGUCCACGGACCACUUCAGGCUCUUCCACACCCCUAACUGGCGGCAGUGGUUCCAUUCCAUUUGGUCACCUAAAACAGUCGGUAAAUUUGCAAGAGGGUUUUGGAGGCAUGCCAAAGCCUUUAACCAGCCACUAUAUUAAUGGUCCCUCUUAUCAUGAUUCCAGUCAUGAUAUCUUCCGAGGGAUGCAACCAGGAUCACACAUGUUUUCAGAACUUUUGCCCUGUGAAAAUGAGGUUCUGGGACUGCAAUUUCCGAGGCAUGGUCAUGGAGAGUACGAUGGACAGUCAGUUUUGGCUGAUCGUGUAUCUCGACAGCUUUUGAGAGAUAAUGCUAAAAUUAACCCAUCACUGGACUUGAGUUGCAGCUCUCCUUUGCCCAGUCACACAAAUUGUGUCUAACAUGAGGCAUUUUUUCAAGGACCCAAUCUAUGAGAGUGAGUACAUCCAAGUCUUUAAGACUAUUUUUGGUUCUACAGGAUCAAUUCAUUCAUCAUGUUAAAUUGCCAAAGAAGCUAAUUUGUACAAUAAGGACCUGAAAUGGAAGAACUGUGAAUAAGGUCUAACAGUUGGAAAGUGGAAAAAGAAAUACUGUUAAGGCUGACUUAUUUCACCUAUCUUAAGGCUGCCUUCCUGGCUAGUAAGAAAUCUUGUGCUGGGUGAUAUGAGGCUUUUCCUGCUCUUACGAAGUUCGCCGUUCGGAGUGUCAUCUCACGUUUUACUGAACCAAGGUACUAAAAGAUUUGAUUUUGCCUAGGAACUUUCCUCCAUAACAAAAAGGAUUCAUGGCUGUGAGAACUGUAUAUUUGUUUAGAUCAUGGUAUAGAAAAAAGAAAUACAAUUUUUUUCCCCUUUUGGGUCUGAAACUGCUGUACAGAAGAUGGAAAACUGAAUUUGGGUCCGGAGAUGGAACAAAAAGCACUAAGCCAUUAUUGAGUGAGGCUGCCCCUUUUGAUUUAUUAGCCGGCGGCUCAAAUGUAACUUUGUCUACUCUUUACCACCUAAUUUGUUGUAUGUAACAUCAUUCUUCACUUCAAUGGAAUGAAGAUUCUAAUUCCAAGGUCCCA